AUGGCAGCGGAGCCCGAAAGGGCAUGGUGCGUGCUGGCCUUGGCGUUGGUGGUGGCGUCUUGGCUCCUAUGGCUUUUGGAAGACCGGCCACACCACCGCCAAUUCGAGAUGGUGGAGGUUGCUUCGACCUAUGCACCUCACCAUGGAGCACUAGAGGCUGAAGGCGCACUGAUGGUGAGAACUUUGGGGAGCCCAUACUACAUCCUGGACAAGGCCUAUGACCAGUUUGGUGAUGGUGGAGCUUUAGCGGCCUAUGUGGAUUUCGAGGACGACGUUUGCAGUUCCAAUGAGUGCUCAUGGAGAACAGCCUGCUGUGAAGAUAGGUGGAUUGGAACCCCUACAACAUGGAGAAGAUCAAGGAUUGGAACCUUGACAUUGGUGGAGCGACUGAGGACUGGAACCUUGGCGCUACUUGAAUGGCUGAGGAUUGGAACCUUGGCGCUGAUGGAAUGGCUGAGGAUUGGAACCUUAGCGUUUGUGCACCUUUGGCAAUCACUGCAUGAGUCUCUGAAGGGAUCUAUGCGCGGCCUUUUAGCAUGUGCUUGGACUUUUACUUGCACGACAAGGUCAUUGUGUAUGACAUGCUGGUUGAGAUGGCCUAUGACAACAAGUUCACUCUUGGUGAUCUUCUUCGUCAACCUUAUGAAGAAGUUCAAGGUGAUGACAGAGAGCAGAAGAAGGAGAUUGAGAAUCGAGAGACAAAACCACUUGGGCCUACGUAGAUGUCCCCACAGGAGAUCAAAGCGAUGGGAUGGCACCUUGGAGAGGCGCUGGCAUGGCUACUUGAAGUUGAAGGGCAUCAUUUUCCUCACAAUGUAUGCCCAGACUGCUGCAAUGGACGCCCAACAGGCGACAGACCUCUUGGGUCGGAUAAUGGAGCUUUCAUGUGCUGCUACAACUGCAGCUCAGACAGCCAACACGAUGCUGCAGAACUUUGGUGGAGGCAAAGGUCAAGGUGGUCCCCGGUUUGGAGAUGGUGCAAAAGUGUUGAGGCCACCAGAGGUUUUCGACACCGACGACCCUGUGAAGUACACGCUGUGGCGUGAGCAGUUUUUGAAUUGGCUCACAUUCUGUGACAACCGCUACAUGGACCUCAUCAAAGAUGUGGAGCAGCUGGAAACUAUGACCAGUGGUGUUUUGGAGGACGAUGUCAAGGACUUGGGGAUCCAUGCAGUGGAGAGGAAUGGCUUUGCUGUGUGGCAUCGGCUGAAGCAACUAUAUGCCCCUCGAGCACGUCCUCGUGCCCGGGCAAUUGGCCAGGCAAUCAUGCAGCACCCCAGUUUCUCACAGCAGCGGUCAAUGCUGGAGAACUUGCUGCAAUUUGAUUCCUUGCUGGAUCAGUCUGAGAUGCCUGAUGACCUCACUGUCAGCACGGUCUUGAGAUGCCUUGACAGUGGAACGCGUCGACAUUUGGAGAUGGUGAUGGAUGACACCAUGGACUACUCCAAGCUCAAGGACAAACUGAUUCUUUUGGAUAAGAACACGAAAGCCUGGUCUGGUGACAACUUCCUCAAGAACCUCCAGAUCAUGAACCAACCGAGUUCCUCGAGCUCAACAACAUAUCAGGGUCCUGCGCCAAUGGAGGUCGAUCAAUAUGGUCAUUGGGGCAAUGAAUGCCCAUUGAAGGUCAACCAGGUGAACAACUCUGUUAGUCCUGGUGGUGAGGCUCAAGCUACGACAGAUGCUUCGAGCACUGUGGGUUCUACAUCCACGAGGAGAGCAAGCACAACUUCAUCGGCAACUUCCCAUUCUUUGUCUUCGGGAACAAAAUCUGUCAGGUUGGUCAAGAUGUACCAUGUUGCAACCCCUCCUGCUGAAACACCUGAGAUUUUUGAGUUGAGAAGUGAUUUGGAGGAUGGGCCUGAAGAAUGGUCAGUGAGGAUGGUUUCUCAAAGCCUCACAACGUGGUUCAGGCUGGAUGAGGAUGAAGAGGAGCACGACCACUCAUGGAGGGCUGACCCGCUCAUGGAUUGGUACCAUGACUUUCAGCCUGCCCUGGAUCGGUACCAGGAUGACAACGCUGUGGAAAAGUUCCAUGUCAGGAUGAUCCCUGCUGGACAGUUGGUGGUCUCGGACUCAGGUGCAGAUAUCAGCCUCCUGCCAUAUCAUUUGAGUGGAUGUGGCAAAGAAAAACCUGGCGGUCACGCCAUACUUGAGGAUGCCCAAGGUGAAAGGUUGAAAACCUUUGGAAGGCUAUCUGCCCAAGUUGAAUGUGAAGGAUUGAACAAUGAUUUGGUUGUCAUCGAGGAUGAUUUCAUCGUUGCAUCAGUUCAGAGCCCUUUGAUAUCCCUUGGUCGUUUACUUCAUCGAGGUUGGAGCUUAGUGCCUGGUGAUUCAGCUGGUGCAAAGGUCAACUUGGUUUCUCCUGAUGGUGAAGCAGCUAUACCACUUCAAUUCAAAAGAAAUUCCUUGGCGGUGUAUGCAAGCAUCAGGGUAGUCAGUGCCAAGGAGCAUCAUGAAGCUGCUGGUGAAACCCCGUCACUGAAAAGGGCAUUGCGCUCACAGGGGGAACCCAAGUUUGACAUGGUUGGUGAGGAGCACGAGAUGCUGGCUAUUCAGACGGUGAUCACACCUCAUGAUGAAGUACUUGAACGCGUGUUCAGACGUGGUUGGAAGGUGACAAGUUCAGAGAAUCCCGUGAUCAUCAUGCCUGCAUCCAAGAAUUUCUUGGAUCCUGGAAUUUCCUAUGCAAGGAGCGAUUGGCCUUUUAGAUCAACAGCGUUCCAGAACGAUGACCUCACAUGGGAGCUUGCAGAAUUUUGCAACCAGUACUACCACUCAGAGGAGACAGAAGAUGAGAUUCCUGGCUGUUUUAAGCCAACCAUGGUACUCACAAUGUUGCACAAGAAGGAGGAGUCGACAGAUGUGAUGGGAACAAUUGGUCAGCAAGAGCUGGUAGAGAUUGGUGGAGCCCAGAUCGAUGCCAAAGACUUCACCUUUCCUGAAGAACCUGCGAUUCCUAUGGAGAUGAGAGAGGAUGUCAAGCCUGAGGAGUUGGUACAACGUCAUCCUCAACCUGGUGGUGAUGGUGAUACUCCUUCCUUCACUUGGGAGUUUGAGGACAAAGAAGCGCUGGCGGUCAAUGGCGAAACAGUUACCAGCGAGAGCAGCAUGGCUAUGUUGCGUUCAGCAGCUGAGUAUCUUGGGAUUUCCAAGAGUGGAUCAAAAGCUUCCCUGUGGCAUAGAAUCAAUCAACGAGCUCAACAUUUGGAACAUGAGCAAGUUUUCCUCGAGGCCAACAAGUUGCAUCGAGAACAAUGGUGGCAGAAAGGCUUGUUGAACCUCAUGAUGAAGAUCGAAGGUCGAUCCCUAGCAUCCAGCUGGACUACUGCUUUUCGAAAGCUGAGGAGUCAGACAAGGUUUCGACGGUUUUGGUGGCUAUCGAUUGGCCAGAGCAAGAUGGUGACAGUGUUGCCCCUUCCAUCCAAAGGCAACAACUUGAGAGGCCAAGCUGAACAUCUGGUGAGAUUUUCAAUGUCUUUGAACUACAUGGACAAGGUGGAGUUCAUCAGUGAUGCCGAGCCGACAAUGAAGUCUCUGCUGGCGAGUGUGCAAUUGAUGCGGCAGCAUCUUGGAUAUCCCACGGUGGUCACGCACUCAAGGCCAGGGGACAAAGGUAGAACUGCACAGGUGGAGAGGGUGAUUCAGACACUUCGAAAGCAGAGCUCAACCCUCGUCCACAUGGCUUCUGACAAGUGCAAGCUGAAGCUUCCUGGGGAUCAUGCUCUAUGGCCAUGGGCAUUCAUCCACGCUGCAUGGAGUUUGAACAGGUUCUACAACCACACAACGACAAAGAUGAGCCGAUUUGAGUUGGUCCAUGGAAGGAGAUACUCUGGGAAGGUGGCAUCAUUUGGUGAGAUGGUUCUACUGCUACACCGCAGAGGACCCAAUGUCAAGCUUGGACCUCAGUGGGUGCCUGGCAUUUGGCUUACAAAGACUGAUGGAGAUGAUCUGCACGUGGUGGCGAGCCCCAAUGGAAUUUUGCGUGGAAAAGCCAUUCGAAGGCUUAAUGAUCCUUGGAAGGAUACAUGGCUCUUUAUGGUCAAGGACAAACCCUACAAGCAGGUCUCAUCUCGAAAAGCCAACUUGAAGCACUUGAACUUUGGUGCCCCAACAACACCCAGGCCAGUGGUUGAAAAACAUCCCACAGUACCAGGUGAGGAAUUGGAGUAUGAUGUGGAUGCCCGAGAUGUUCGUGAAUAUGCCCGCACUCAUCCACCGAGCCCAGUCAGUGAUUUGGACUUGAAUGAUUUUGGAGUUGGAAAACGUGAAGCAGCACCAGAAGAUUUUCCUCCCAACAAGUCUGCACGGCAUGGUGACCAAGAGGAAAUACCAGGUGCUGAUGCUUUGGUGGAUGACACUGCGAGUGUGGAACCUCAACAGAAGGUACCCAGAACGAGUCCUCAGAGCAGCCCAACUGCCAGUGGUAGCAAUCUCUAUCCUCCCCACUUUGCUGGCACGAUUCAACAGGUUUUGGAUGUUGGUGAGAUAGAUGAUGAAGUUUGGGAGGAUGAUGUGGCAGAAUACAUCGAGCCCAAUGACAUGGUGAUCAACCUUGGGGAAGAUGACAACACUCCAGCCGACGAAGGGAAACCUCCACAGGUGACUUCAGAAGAGCUGGCUUCUUUGGAUGAAGCAGCUGGGUAUGAGGAGAUCACUCGACUACUUGAAAUGGAUGUCCUCCAGGAACCAACCAAUGAAGAUCUGGAGGAUGGAGUGGUUCUCUCCACACGGAGUAAUAGCCCUUUGCUGCCCAGCCUGUUCAGACACAAGACCAAGAAGGUGAUCCUCUGCUCACAUGUGGACGAUCUUGUACUUUGUGGUGAGAAGGAAGAAUUGGAAUGGCUCAUUGGAGAAUUGAAAAAGAGAAUGACUGUGCAGGGUGGUGAAGUCCUGCCAUCUGCAGACCAUGAUGAGCGGGAACCCAUUCGCUUUCUCAAAAGGCGACACUUUUUCACCAAGGCGGGGAUCGCAAGGAAGGCAAAGACCACACCUGAUCUCAGCACCGAGAUCUAUGACUCCAAGGAGUUGGAUGACAAGGGCAAGUUCAAGUUUAGAUCGGCAAUGGGCACACUUCUUUACUUGAGUCAGGAUCGGGUCGAUCUACAACACGCAGUUCGACAUCUCAGCCAGUUUAUGGCCAAGCCGACGGUUUCAGCUGAGAUUGGAGUCAAGCACUUGAUCCUGUACCUGAAAGGAACGCCUGAUCUUGGUGUGCUACUGCCUUACCGAGUGCCUGGGAAAAGCAAAUUGGAUGAAGUUCGAGGAGGGCCCAGUUCUGUGGAACAUGAAAAGGAAUUGGUGGAGGCAUUUACAGAUGCCGACUGGGCCGGAGACAAGUCUCCACCGGCAAGGCGAAGACAUUCAGUUUCAUCAGCCCUGAUCUUUGUGGACAACAGAUUGGUGACAUCGUGGUCCCGUACCCAGAAAAGCAUAGCUCUCAGCAGCUGUGAGAGUGAAUACCUCUCUGCAGUCGGUGGUGGCGCUGAGUCCCUCUAUGUAGCCCGGCUUUGGAGCUUCCUUACCCGAAAGGAGGUGACUGCGAAGGUUGUGUCAGAUUCAUCAAGCUGCCGAGCUUUUGCGCAACGGCAGGGUGUGGGAAGGAUGAAGCACAUCGAUGCCAAGUAUUUGUGGCUUCAGAACAAGGUGAAGGCUGGCGAACUUGAAAUGGAUGGAGUCGCCACAGUCCUCAAUGUGGCUGACAUCAACACGAAGAAACUCACCAAGGUCCGACGAUCAUUUCUCAUGUAUUUGAUUGGUUUGGUGGAGUACGAUGGGUCAAGCAAGAUGUACGUUCCGGCUGGCGAAGAUGAAUUCAACGCCUAUAUGCAGAAAAAGUACAUGGGCCAGAACAUGAAAACAGUCCGCCGAGUGGUUUUGAAUGUCCUGGCGAAUGGCAUGGAGGAGAUCCCAACUCAGGUUUCGAAGCCUUUGGUGAAGGCUAUGACCUUGCUUGCACUUCAACCAGUUGCAAAUGGAGCCCGCACGGAGGAGUUCAACUAUCAGCUCAUGGUCAAGAACUUUGAGUACAGCGAGCUCUUCAUGGAGUUUCCUUGGUUCAUGCUCGGGUAUGCCCUCAUAUUCUUCCUGGUUGGAAUGGUUGCUGGCUACUUCUUCAAGAAUGCCAUUUACAAGUACCAGCUGAGCGAGGUGGUGAAAUGGGCUUCCGAGCAAGUGACUUUCAACAUGCGAACGAUUGAGUAUGUGGAUGACUGGGAUCCAGAACGGCACGAAUUCCGUCAGUUCAGGGUGCUUCGCUCGGUGGAUGAUGCAGAAUCAGGUGAGGAGUACUUCAGAGAAGUCAAUGGUGGAAUGGUACGGUUUGUGAAAUUGGAUCGACGGCGUCGAAGGCGACAUGGCUUUGCAGAAAUCGACAUGCUGAACGUCUACGAUCUUUCUGAUGGUGAAGGAGCCGAAGAAGAACCUAUGGAAGUAGAUGAGGAGAUGGUUCCAGCAGUUGCAGCGAAUUCGGCCAUGAUGGCUCAUGGACAAGGACCACAGGUGACUGGAACUACAACCUUGAGGAGUUCUUUACCGGGAACAAGCUCUAUGUUUGGCGAUGGAGCGAAUGCAGCGGAUGGAUCAACUGGUAUCGCUGGUGGUUCGGCGAACAAUGAACUACGUGGUGCGAGGUCAGAUUCGGCGACCCGCGAGUAUCUUUCAUUGCCUGGUUCGCCCCAUUCGGACCAUGAACCGCCUACACUCCCUCUCCAAGAUGUGAAUUGGGACGACCUGGAUGAGAUCAUGAGGCAUUUGCCUGUGACUGAGAGGAACAGAGCCCUGCAAAUGCAGGAGGUAGCUUUGUUUGAUGUGGUGGUUUUCAAAGAAUACCUGAAGACCCACCUAUCCAGUUUGUAUCCCAAUCAGCCAGACAUGUGCUGGGAUUACCCAGCGUGGUGGACACGGAAUGAACGCCAUGGAUUUUCCGUUUUCGGAACGUUUGUGGAACAGUGGUUUCUCCAACAAGGCCUAGCAGGUUGCAACAAUGUGGAAAACAUACCCUGGAGCGAGGACUAA